AUGAUCUUGUUCCAUGGCUCACUCUCCACGCUCGUCACCGCUGCAGCCUUCCCGGAACCACCUACUACGAACGAUGUUGUUGCAGCCAUUCGAAAAGCUUUGCAGAAGCUCAUCUAUGCGACCAACAGCGGCCAGGCUUCCGCCGAGCCGGACUCUCAAAUGGACUGUGGGACACAGGAGCAAAAGCGCUGGCAUGCCCCAGUAUUGAAGGGCCAUUUCCUCCUACAGCAAAUGGAGGCUAUGGGCACGGGCACGGGCGCUGUAUCGGGCAAGCCUAGAUGUAUUUCCGAAAGCGAGUUUGUGGCAUUCCCUGAUGACUUAGAAAAGUGGGGCUAUAGCUUUACGGAGUGGGACAAUCACUAUGAUUUCGAUGUCUCGGUCCCCCUGAGAAAAGCUCUAGAGGGCUUAGGAGUCAGUUCGAAGACAAAGUUAGAGGGCGGUCCAAACCGGGCUUACUUAUGGGACCACGAGAACGAGAAAUCAAUUCGUGGCACUUUGUACAGGCCGACACGAGCAAGGUUCCUCAUGGUCAUCAACCCUCGGGAUGGUGUUAUUCUUUCUCUUAGCUCUUACGCUCCGUGGCACAUGGCACAACAACAGGUUCCUCCAGUGACAGUCCUGCCAAAACUGAAGGCUUACAGCGAUAUCACAUUCUUGCAAUGGUAUGGCUCACACGGCAGCGACAAUAGAGAGGCCGCGCAAAACAUUAAAUUCGUCUUCCAAACACCCAUCGAAAACGCUGACACCAAGGCUAUUAUUACGCAAGCUCUUUUCAAAGCCGGAAAAGAACUUCGCCCCUGGCCAGGAGUGACGUUUAGCAUGCACACGGAUGAAGGAAAAGCACUUCUCGGGUCGCCGAAUGGUGCCGGGGUAGCUUUCAUGCUGAUACAGCAUCAGCAGCAGCUCGGUAGGAAGACGAUCGCAAGGGUCACUGUCUUCCAGGAUGACGGGGCUAAGCAGCCGCGGCCGCCGAGUAUGGUGUUCCAUGUCACCGAUGCUCCGACUCACAAUGAGUAG